AUGAAUCAACAAAAAGGUACACAAGCAUCCAAAUAUAAUACACAUUGUCAUGCAUGUCAUGAAAGAUUUGCGUCGAGAGCCAGAUUUCCAGGAGACGCCAUCACGGAUUUCAGCCCGGUAAACCACGAUAGCAGCCGUGAAAUUGAGCACCGCAAUGAUCAGACAGAUGAGAUGGUCAGCAGACCCGAAGAAGGCCAUUUUGAAGAAUCCAAAUUUUCAAGAAACUUAUAUGGUUGGUUAUGGCUGGAAGACGGUCACAGAGAAAGUGACGCAAUGAUGAUUCAGGCACGGACACUGCAACGUUGCAUUGGUUGUAGAAGAAGUCACUGGCACAACACCUUGGGCAUAUCCUUGGAAAAAGAUGUGGUUAUAAGUAAAUCGGGGGAUAUUUCCUGGUUGCCGCACGUGCCAUAUGCGCCCGGAUCGUAUGGUUGA